UGUUUCGCCAUUCUCUUUUCACCUUUCUGUUCCUUCUCUCUCUCAACCAUUUCCAUUUUGCUGUCUCUCUGAUCAUGGCUUCCUCUGCAUCCACUGAAGUGAAAUUUGUACCAGAAGAAGAUAAUUUCUUGCAAAGACAUGUGGCCUUCUUCGACAGGAAUAAAGAUGGCAUCGUUUAUCCCUCAGAGACAUAUCAAGGGUUUAGAGCAAUAGGGUGUGGGUAUCUCUUGUCGGCAUUCGCUUCUCUGUUCAUCAACAUGGGUCUAAGCAGCAAAACUCGUCCGGGAAAAGGUUUCUCUUUAUCAUUUCCUAUAGAGGUUAAGAAUAUCCAUCUUGCCAAACACGGCAGCGAUUCAGGCGUUUACGACAAGAAUGGAAGAUUUGUGGAAUCAAAGUUCGAGGAGAUAUUUGCAAAGCAUUCAAAGACACAUCCUGAUGCAUUGACGAACAAGGAACUCAAAGAACUCCUCAACUCAAACAAAGAGGCUAAUGACCGUAAAGGAGCGUUUGCUUCGUUUACGGAGUGGAAGAUCUUGUAUUAUCUAUGCAAAGACAAGAACGGUUUGUUGCACAAAGAUACAGUGAGAGCUGUCUAUGAUGGCUCUCUUUUUGAAAAACUCGAGAAACAAAGAGCUUCUAAGAAACAUGCUUAAACCACCAUUUUAAAAACAAACUCUUAUAUGCUUGUGAUUUGUGAAUCUGUGUUUAUUUAUAGAACUUUUUAUUAGUGAACAACGGUGUGAAGAUUGUAACGUUUGAUUUUCAAAAAUUUAUACUUUCCUUUUGGUGUGUAUUUGAUUAAUUGUUUAUGUUCUUAUCUCUUCCAAUAAAUGAUUAUAUACGUCAAAUUGAAGAUUAAUUUCAGUUUCCAUAUAUUGAUUUCUGGUCGCGAAAAGUAUACAAUUAGUAAUUAUGAGUGUUUGGUCGUUAAACAAAAUAUCAUGGAGCUUGUCACUAACAUCUAUUGCAAUCGCAUUAUGGAUUUUCAAAACAUCUUUU